AACUCGGCUGGAACUGGAUGUGCGCGGUGUGCGCACGGUUCCUCGUGCACUGGCACAGCACACUAGAGAGCUCAAGAACCACAACAACAAAAUGCCAGAAGGAGAAGAAGUGGCCUAGCAGAGCCAGAGGACAGACAGAGUUUCCUUUUUUGUUGUUGGGAAGAAUGAAUGUUCCUCUCUCUCUUUUUACCUUCGCUCUGCUGCAGCUGAUUUGCGCAGCUGUGGUCUCCAUCGCCGCGGUAGUAAUCACUGGAUCGGUUGAAUACGUCUCUUUGGAGGACCAACUUCUGGAAGACGGUACUAUCAGUGGUUCAGGACGCAGGACUUGCAGACUGUACUGUCGGGUUGGCAUUGGUUUUCAUCUCCAGAUCCACACUGACGGAAGAGUCAACGGCAGUCAUGAACCUAAUCAGUUGAGCGUCCUGGAGCUCUUUGCGGUUUCUCAGGGGGUCAUCGCUAUCCGAGGAGUCUACAGCAACAGAUUUUUAGCCAUGAACAAGAGAGGAAGGCUACAUGCUAUUGAGCGAUUCACGGACGACUGUAGGUUCUGGGAGCGUUUCCAGGAGAGCAGUUACAACACUUAUGCCUCAGUGUUGCACCGGAACCACCGGACGGGACGGGACUGGUACGUGGCCCUGAACAAGAGAGGAAGAUCCAAGAUGGGCUCCAGCCCCAGGGUCAAAUCACAGCACGUUUCCACACACUUCCUCCCCAGGCUCAACGACCUGCACAGCGUUCGGGGCUUCACCAUCACCCACAGGAGCAAAGAGAGGAGGAGAAACCAGCCGCCACUGACCAAACCGCCCUCCCAGCCAUACGGGGAUGUUAAUGCAGAGACGGGGAAGAGGGUGCAGACUGUCAAGUACUGGCCCAAGUUUCGGUUUGGAUAGACUGCGAAGUGAUGAGGGAUGAAGUAAUACCAACUAUGUGUGUUAUAUGGAUGGAUAGGAUGGAUUACUGGCCACCAUAAACAUGGACAUGACACCUGUUGCCCUCAAAUAUUUAUUUUUUUACUGAACUUUUACUUUCCGUUAUUUCUAAGCAUUCCAGUUGUCAUAAAGUAGUGAGUUUUAAACCAAAGGGCUGUAAUAUGCAAAUCAUUAAGCUUUGUGAUUGUAAAGCUAAGAUGGUUACAAUGGUUGGGGUUGGAAACACUUCCGGAGGUGAUCCCUUUCGUCCAAUUAAAUACACAACGUGUGAUAACUAGUUAUAUAUAGUUAGAAACACAAUGUGAGGUACAUUAUAUUACCAAAAGACACCUGCUCCUCGAACAUCUCAUUCCAAAAUCAUGGGCAUUAAUAUGGAGUUGGUCCCCCCUUUGCUGCUAUAACAGCCUCCACUCUUCUGGGAAGGCUUUCCACUAGAUGUUGGAACAUUGCUGCUAUAACAGCCUCUACUCUUCUGGGAAGGCUUUCCACUAGAUGUUGGAACAUUGCUGCUAUAACAGCCUCCACUCUUCCUGGAAGGCUUUCCAAUAGAUGUUGGAACAUUGCUGCUAUAACAGCCUCCACUCUUCUGGGAAGGCUUUCCACUAGAUGUUGGAACAUUGCUGCUAUAACAGCCUCCACUCUUCUGGGAAGGCUUUCCACUAGAUGUGGGACAUUGCUACUAUAACAGCCUCCACUCUUCUGGGAAGGCUUUCCACUAGAUGUUGGAACAUUGCUGCUAUAACAGCCUCCAGUCUUCUGGGAAGGCUUUCCACUAGAUGUUGGAACAUUGCUGCUAUAACAGCCUCCACUCUUCUGGGAAGGUUUUCCACUAGAUGUUGGAACAUUACUGCUAUAACAGCCUCCACUCUUCUGGGAAGGUUUUCCACUAGAUGUUGGAACAUUGCUGCGGGGACUUGUUUCCAUUCAGCCAUAAGAGCAUUAAUGAGUUCAGGCACUGAUGUUUGGCGAUUAGGCCCGGCUCGCAGUCGGCUUUCCAAUUCAUCCCAAAGGUGUUCGAUGGGGUUGAGGUCAGGGCUCUGUGCAGGCCAGUCAGGUUCUUCCACACCGAUCUCGACAAACCAUUUUUGUAUGGACCUCGCUUUGUGCACGGGGUCAUUGUCAUGCGGAAACAGGAAAGGGCCUUCCCCAAACUUUUGCCACAAAGUUGGAAACACAGAAUCGUCUAGAAUGUCAUUGUAUGCUGUAGCGUUAAGAUUUCCAUUCACUGGAACUAAGGGGCCCGAACCAUGAAAAACAGCCCCAGACCAUUAUUCCUCCUCCACCAAACUUUACAGUUGGCACUAUGCAUUGGGGCAGGUAGCGUUCUCCUGGCAUCUGCCAAACCCAGAUUUGUCCGUUAGACUGCCAGAUAGUGAAGCGUGAUUCAUCACUCCAAUGGAGGCAAGCUUUACACCACUCCAGCCUACGCUUGGCAUAGCGCAUGGUGAUCUUAGGCAUGUGUGCAGCUGCUCAGCCAUGGAAAACCAUUUCAUGAAGCUCCCGGCGAACAGUUCUUGUGCUGACGUUUCUACCAGAGGCAGCUUGGAACUCUGUAGUGAGUGUUGCAACCGAGGACAGACAAUUUUUACGAGCUUCAGCACUCGGCGGUCCCGUUCUGUGAGCUUGUGUGGCCUACCAUUUCGCGACUGAGCCGUUGUUGCUCCUAGACAUUUCCAUUUCACAAUAAUAGCACCUACAGUUGACCGGGGCAGCUCUAGCAGGGCAGAAAUCUUACAAACUGACUUGUUGGAAAGGUGGCAUCCUAUGACGGUGCCACGUUGAAAGUCACUGAUCUCUUCAGUAUGGGCCAUUCUACUGACAAUGUUUGUCUAUGAAGAUUGUAUGGCGUUGUGCUCAAUGUUACACACCUGUCAACAACUGGUGUGGCUGAAAUAGCCGAAUCCACUAAUUUGAAGGGGUGUCCACAUACUUUUGUAUAUAUAUAUAAUAUAACUAGUUCACAUGGUUAGAAACACAACAUGACAACUAACUAGUUGAUCUUUAACAGCUGCGGGGGGGAUCAAGCAGUAAACUGUCCAUCACAGCUAUCCUAGAUUCUAGAGAACAGUCUCACAGCUGUCUCUAGAGAACAGUCUCCUACCAUGACCCUGUGGCCUGGAGGAUGUUCCCAAGAGGACAGUUCCAUGGGGAUGAAGAUGCCUGGAUGGACUGACAGGCCGUGUUUUGGAGGAGGCUCAAGCCAUAGGUGUAUCAGAUGGCAGAAAGGCAGACAGUUUGUGUGACCUAGAAGGAAAACACUGCCGAG